AUGGAUUCUGCCAUCAGAGUUAUCGUGCUGUGGCUUUUCUGCGUGACGGCUGUGUCGGGUGCGCGCGUUCUGGCCAAGUUUCGUCCCUUGACCAUCCCCACUGACACGUAUCCCUACGUGCCCCCGUCUGUCUAUUAUGGAUGCGCCGCGGCCUGCAUCAAGCAAGCCACCUGUCGUUCCUUCGGGGUAAAUGCUACAUCCUGUGAACUGCGUGAUGCCAACAGUCAAAACCUCAGCACUUCAGGUUUCGUCUACUUCGAAAACCAACAGGUUGAACAGAAGGACUGCCGAAGCACACAACUACCUGAUCCUACUUCAGAUGUUUUCGAGGCAUACCCUAUCUUCAGAACCGUCGAGUUGUUCUCUAGCGUCGACGCAUUGAAGGCGAACGCCCGAUGCGCAGAGAGCGGCGCCAAGCUGUGUAACCUGGGCGAUCUGUUGAGGGCGUACGAGGUGGGCUACCGCCACGACCAGUGGGGCUUGUUUGAACAUUAUGGGGGCUUGUUUGAACAUGAUGGUGGUUCAGGCGCUAAGUUGAUCGCGUGCAACCCGAGUGAAAGAGAGGAUUGCCUCGGGAUGCCGGGCGAGACGAAUUAUAUUCAUCAUCAAAAUCCAGCGACUGGGGAUCUGCAAGGGUUCUGCUGCCCUCAUUGUUAUCAGUUCCAAGGAUAUCCCAUCCUCAGACGCAGAAAGCCCGUAUAUUUUCACGAAAGAGACCGUGUCGGAGAUUUUUGCAGGGAGUGCAGUCUCUUCCCGUGCAGCUUGGACCAGAUGAAGGCCGCCUACGAGGCAGGUUUCCGAGAUGAGCACUGGGGCCACAUCGACUUGCGAGGAACGGAGAUCAGACCAAGUGCCUGCACGUCAGAGGAGAUCGCUGCCGGCGGUUGCUCUUUCCCCGACGAGGGCUUGAUUCCGAACCGCACCGCGCCCGCUGACGUCGAUUCCAUCUCUUACCCCUAUUGCUGCCCCAAGUAGGCCUAUUCGUUAACACCAUCGGUUCAACAAGCUCUGACAGGAGCUUCUACAUCUAGUCUGGUUCCAAGACCUGACAAUUGUUCCCGACGCUCAUGUCUAAAUUGUAGGUCAGGAAGCCUCCGUGA